AAGAAGGAUACACAUUCGAAUUAUACAAACCUCUGCACUUCAAUUAUCCAAUUCUAAUCGUCAACACUUUGCAAUUUCUCAAAUCUAAAUACACAUAUCCCAAACAUGAGCCAGAACAAGAACCCCGACGCAGUCAGCGACUCGCGCCAGUUUGCAGGACACGUAGCUCCUAGCGAGCCUCUCAUGACCAGUGGUCAUCAAGUCGGAAAACUCGUCGGCAACGAUGCCGUUCCCGAAUUCCACGCUCAAACCCUCCCUGCAGGCUCGGCCCCCACAGACAAAACCUACACACCCAACCCAGACCUCAACAACCAAAAGAUGUACCAGCAAGCUUCCAACACGCUCCAAGGCGCCACAUCAGCGGACGUGCACACUGGCCUUGGCCACCCAGGCCAGGGCCAGACGUCCAAGGAGCUGCGUGAUGGGUCGAGUGUUGGACAGGGUCUUACUGGACUGGCGUCCGGCGUCAAGGACCAGCAGAGUGGUGGGGAUGUUAGCACGCUCAAGGAUGAUCCAAGGCAUGCUGCUCAGAGGAAUCUGGGUGAUGUGCCGACGGGUCAGAGGGGUAAUGUGGGAGGGCCACCUGCUGAGGAGAGGGAACCUGUUCAGGCUUAGAAUCUUUUUGAUAAGAAAUAUGAAUGAUGAUGAUUAAACAUUUCCUCUUAUUUCUUCUUAAGAAAGUAAGAAUAGGUAUACGUGAAGAGGCUUCG